GCCUCGCGCCGCUGGGGCGUGUCCUUGGGGGGCUAUAUAAGCAUCUGGAGGGGCGGUGGGCUGCGUUUGUCUGCUGUUUGUUAUACCUCUGUGGAGGUUUGCGGGAAAUCUUCAGUUGCCGGCUCAAGCCAGAGUUUCAGAAUGGCAGAAGAAUCUGCUGCUCCUUCUACUUCUGUGGACAAAACUGAGAGUAUGGAUGUGGAUGGAGAAGCUAAGAAGCUGUUGGGUUUGGGGCAGAAAAACCUGGUGAUGGGUAAUAUUCCAGCUGCUGUUAAUGCAUUCCAAGAAGCAGCCAGCCUGUUGGGUAAGAAGUAUGGUGAAACAGCAAAUGAGUGUGCAGAAGCUUUCUUUUUCUACGGGAAAUCUCUUCUGGAGUUGGCAAGAAUGGAAAAUGGUGUGCUAGGAAAUGCCUUGGAAGGAGUGCAGGUGGAAGAGGAGGAAGAAAAAGCUGAAGAUUCAUUGGUAGAAAAUGCUGAUAAUGUAGAUGAAGAAGCAAGGGAGGAAUUAAGAGAGCAGGUAUAUAAUGCCAUGGGGGAAAAGGAUGAAUCCAGAAAAACUGCUGAAGAGCCUGAAGCUAAAAUGCAACUGAAAAGCGAAAAUGUAGAAAUGGAAGAAAUGAAGGAAGAAAAAGUAAACGAUGAAGCAGAGGAUGUAGAACAGAAAACUGUUAGAGAGAGAGAGGAGGAACAGGUUAAUCCAGAAAAGCAAAUGGAGGCAGCUGAGAGAAAAAAGCAGGGAGCCAGUGAAAUAGUUACUGGGGUAGCAAAAGACAACUGUACUGCUAUGAAAGAUAUGUUGGUGACUGCAGAAGAACAGGUGGGUGUAGCUGAGGAAGAGAAGCCAGUGACAGCAGAAGAGGCAGAGAAGGACACUACUAUAAACAAGCCCAUGACUACAGAAGAGGCAGCUGAGGCACAGCAACCAGCACCAGCAGGAGAGGCUAUGGAAGAUGCUUCUGUAGAAGAGAAGCCAGUGGUUGCAGAAGAGGCUGUUGGGGAAGAAAAGGCUUUGGAAGCAGCAGCUGAGGUGGUGGAAGCAGCAGCUGAGGUGAAAGAGAUUGAAGAAGAAACAGCUCAGCUUGGAGACCAGGCUGCUGAAAAACAGACAGAUAGUAUAGUAGAAAAGACAGCAGUGGAGGAAGAUGUAGAAACUUCAAGAGUGGCAACAGAAGAAUUGGCAACAGCUGGUGAGAAAGCUGAAAGCCAGGUAGAGGCAACAAUAGAAAAAAAACAGCCAGCCAAAGCUAUUGAGGAGAAGGCUGAAAAAAUGGAAACUACUGCGGAGCAAGUAGUGAUGGACUUGAAAGAGAAAGAAGAGCCCUUGGCUUCAGAAAUGGCAUUGCCUUCAGCUGAAAGUGAAAUUCCUCCUGCAGGGGGCACAGAGCCAUCACAUGAAACACAAAUUGAAGAGAAAGAUGAAGCUACUAAGGUAGAAAAGGAGGAAGAAAAGGAUGACGAGAUGGGAGAGGGAGAAGAAACGGAAGGGUCAGAAGAAGAGGAUAAAGAGAAUGACAAAGCAGAAGAGGAUAAAGAAAAUGACUCUGCAGUUGAAGAGAAGGAGAGUGAAGAAGAUGAAGUUGGAAACCUAGAGCUGGCCUGGGAUAUGCUGGAGCUGGCAAAAGUAAUAUACAAAAGACAGGACACAAAAGAAGCUCAGCUUCAUGCUGCCCAGGCUCAUCUGAAACUAGGAGAAGUUAGCAUUGAAUCUGAAAACUACAUCCAAGCCAUAGAAGAGUUCCACUCCUGCCUGACCCUUCAGCAGAAAUAUUUAGAGACCCAUGACCGUCUGCUUGCAGAGACUCACUACCAUCUUGGAUUGGCCUAUCACUACAACAAUCAGCAUGAUGAAGCAGUUCUUCAGUUCAGUAAAUCAAUGGAAGUCAUAGAUAAAAGAAUGGUGAUGCUGACUGAACGGCUAAAAGCAAAAGGAGAAGUAUUAGCUGAGGAUGAGAAGGAAAUUGAAGAACUAAAAGGAUUGCUUCCUGAAAUUAAAGAAAAAAUAGAGGAUUCCAAGGAGUCUCAAAAGAGUGCAAGAGUGGCUGAACUAGCUGUGAAAGCAACUCUGGUUGGUGGAUCUUCCUCUAGCUUUUCCCAGGGAACUGAAAGCAGUUUGGCUUCAACUAUCACAGUUGGACAAACAGCUGAUGGAGCAUCGCAGUGUGUUACAGACAUCUCCCAUCUUGUUAGGAAAAAGAGGAAACCAGAGGAAGAGGCUCAACAGGGAGACAAUGAAGCUAAGAAAUCUAAACCAGAACCGGCUGUCAAUGGUGGUGGUGAUGCUGCUCCCAGUGGAAAUGAGGUGGCAGAGAAAAUGGAAGAGGAGACAGAAGAGAGGCCACAAAUUGAUACAAUUCAAAGUGCUGUAUGAUACAUCUUUAAGAUUGAACCUCCCAAGGACUAUGGGUUUUGUAUAUAAUGUAUUUUUUCACUUUGGCAACUUUUGUAUUCAAUAAAGAUUGUAAGCAAACAUUGA